AUGGGCGAGGUUUCAGGGGAGACACAUGGCUGGACGGAGAACAAGUUCAAGGACGUGCGGGCGAGAGGCAACAAGUGGUUGGCGCUUUGCAAGUUCAGCGAUACCCGGAGUGGCUUAUCAGUGUCGCCUGGCCUUCUCUGCUUUUUUUUAAUGGGCGACAAUCCGUUCGGCAUCCAUCGCGACGAUUACCUGUCUAUACAGGAUGAAACCCAGCAGAGGGUCUUUGUCGACCUUCUAGAGCUAAACAACUACACAACUGCCCUCUUUGCUGCUGGAAAUGCUUACGUCGGGACAUUUGAUGGCUCUACCAGUGUUAGGUUCCGGUUUGAGCAGGAACGUAGGGAAAUCGAUUGGCAGAAUCAGGACCAAGAUGAGAUUAUUAGCCUUCUGUCGGUGCUUGAUGAGGAGGACCAGGAGGUAAUGCACGGGGAGGUCAUCGGCGAGGAGGAAGAUGAUGAGGAAGAAGAUGACGAGGAAGAAGACGAGGAGGAGGAAGACGAUCGGAAGGGGGGCGAGUAG